AUGGACGACGCGGACAUCAUCGCCUAUAUAUACCCUCACGGGUCUGGAAAUGAUUUUGAGCGGGCCAACGCAGUGAUAACAGCGAGUCCGCGCCGCCUUGCCCCACGACUUAUACAGCCCACCAUUGCUGAACACAGUCGACAACAGCGAGCAUCGACCGAGCCGCCUGAGGACCUUGAUGCUUCAACGCUCCACUAUCUACAACGCCUCCAGGUCAAGUUCACUAAUAUACCACGAACCGACAAAGGCCUCCUCUUUGGUUCGAAUCCAAAUUGUGAUGUUGUGCUCCCGUACAAGGGUGUGUCAAACAUUCACUUCAGCCUAACCUUCGACAAGGACAACCAGCAUAUUAUCAAAGACUGGAACUCUCGGCGCGGUACUCAGGUCACCUAUGACGGAGACAACCGUGGUGCACGAAGUAACUUCCAAUGGAUUAUCGGCGGUCACAAGCUCGCCAGACCGAUACGCAGCAUUAUCAUCACGAUACCCAACAUCAUUGCUUUCCAGAUUGUGGUGCCUUCGCAGAACAUACAAACUCCAGACUACGUCGAGAAAGUCAAGAAGUUCAAGGAGGGCUGUGCGACUGCGGAAUCGCUGCUUGCGGGCAUGGGCCUAUUUCCACCCACCAGAUCGCACACGGGAGUGCAUACUCCAGGCGAAGGAGAAAUCCACCUGAAGACGAGGCUUGGGCACGGCGGGUUCGGUGUUGUGAUACAUUACUGGAACUGGCUCGACCCGGAGAUUGGGCUGUUCUCCUACUAA